CUUGUAACAGGUGUACCCAAGAAAACAGGUAACCGCUCCUACUUUUGAGAAGCCAGAAUAUGGUGUGCUUGUGUCAAAGAAACAGAACAUCAUUUGUGCAUUUCACUAGGAAUCAAUUGCUUUUCCAAAAUGCAAAAAAAGGAAUAGGCAGCACUUUUCACAUUGAGAGAGAACAACUUUCCAAAGGAUUUGUUGGAAUAAGAUAAGCCAACAACAACAAGCCAGACAUGGUCGAAUCAUAAAUGUUGGCUAAAUCUGAGGAUCUAUACUACUUUUAGCCUAGACGUUUUUUUUUUACAUUCCUGUCUUGGACUUGACACUGGAUGAAAGUUCACUGUCUGGGAUAAGAUCAUAAACGGAAGUUAAGUGGAAAUUGGACCAAAGUCACAACAAAUUCAAUCAUCAGAAUAGACCACAAACCUCUAGCUGUCUCCAGAUCUAUCAAGGCGGGCGGACCACUCCACCGAACCGGGGAGAAUGACAUCUCACCUGGGCAGACUGACACCACUGCUGUGGAUCCUUUGGAGUUUCAUCGCUGUGGUGCAGGGGGACUUUGUGGAGCCCCCUCCCCCGUACUCCUUCGACUCCCUGGCUGAGGCUGAGACCCGGCUGCCCUGCCAGUUCAAGGUGGAAGUGGGCCAGGUGGUGGUUCAGGUCACCUGGACCAAGGAGAAAGCAGAUGGCACCAAGGACCAGAUCAUCACAGUACACCACACCGACGGACACACAGAGUUUGGUCAGUACUCAGGGCGUGUGCGGUUCAGCAGCAGGAAACCCACCGUGGACUCAUCCCUGAUCAUCAUGAACACCGUUGAGUCAGAUGAGGGCAGGUACAACUGUCACAUCAGCACCUUCCCCUCGGGGAACUUCGAACAACAGCUGUCACUCACCGUGUGGACCACGCCCAUCUCCUCCCUGGACCCUGUGGUCCUUGUCGAAGGCCAGUCCUUCCAAUUGGCUGCAUCCUGCCGCUCUGUGGCCCGCCCUCCGCCCAACCUCUCCUGGGACACAGAACUACCAGGCCAAUCACACAACAGGAGUUUGGAGGGUGGUUCAGUCUCCACCCACUUCUCUCUGCAUCCCCUGAGGAGUAUGGAUGGGAAGAGGCUGGACUGUCUGGUGACGCACCCGGCUCUGAAGGAACCACGCAGGAUCACCAACAACCUGGUGGUGCACUAUCCUCCCAAUGCAGAGAUCUCUGGGUUUGAUCAGAACUGGUAUGCUGGUCUGGAGGAAGCUGCCCUCAGUUGUGUCAGUGGAGGAAACCCCAAACCACAGAGUUUCAAUUGGACCAGAAAGGGCAGAGACUUACCAGAGGGCGUGACCACAGGGAAUGGAUCCUUGCUGUUUAAUCGGCCCCUCGUCCUGACGGACGCUGGCAUCUACCAAUGUGUGGCCAUGAACUCUGUGGGGGCGGAUAACGCAGAGGUGGAGAUCACUGUGACAGAGUUGCCUCAGAAGCAGGCGUCGUUCGACAGUCUCCUGAUGGUAAUAGUGGGAGGAGUGGCCGGAGUACUGCUUCUAGUCAUGAUCAUCAUAGUCAUCUCUGUGACCCGUCACCACAAACGCAAGAACAAGAAACUGUCGAGGGAACUCACUGUGAGGAAGGAGGAGAUCAGUACUCUCUCCAGACAGGCAUCUUUCAGGAAAAUGAACUCAGUCAGUAUGGACACUAGAGGACAGACAGAGGAGGAUAUCCCUCUCAGAGUGGAGGGGACACUGCGGACCAGUCUGUCCUCCGUAGUGGAGCAAGGGCGCAUUAGGGAGAGUCGAUCUACUCUGGUAGGGGGCGGGGGGCUAGACUACCUGGGUCGACCUGUUCUGUACAAUUCUUCACGAAGAGGGAGGGAGAGCAGAGCCAUGGACAGAGAGGAGGAGAACAGACUUAGGGUGGAGUCAAAUGAGCAGAACAGCACCAUGUCUUUGUCAAACCAUCUCCACCCCCCUCUCCAACCCUCUCCCUUCCCCAUGGAACAGUCCGUCGAGCUGCUGAGGUCCCUGACCGGCAGUGCCAUCAUCCCAACGGAGUGGGGUUUACAUAUACGACAGGGGCCCGGUAGCAGGAACACCCACUCCCCUCUCAGUUGCAACAACCCGCCCAUCACAGACGACGAAGACGAGGAUGAAGGUGUGGAGGGGGAGUGGGAAACGUGCCCGAGGAUGAGUCCGUUGGAUCAGGGGAGGUCAGAAGACCAGGACAGCAAGACCAACAGUUCUCAGAUCUCAGAAGUAGAAUGUGGACUCAACCCUCACUUCCAGCAGAACAAUGGAACAUUGAGACCCAAACCGCUCCCCAAAUACCAGCCCAAUGGCAUCCUCCUCACCUCAUCACCACACGCCUCCUUCAUCCACAAGGCCCAGAUUGUAUAGGGCGGUAGGGCUGGGUAAGGGCCGGUGACAUAUUCUACGAUGAGGCACACUUUGCUACACAACACCACUCUAACAGUGCUUUGUAUGUGAUUGGUUGUGACUGUUUGGGAUACAAGGUCGUUGGUGGCAUACCUCGGUGGCAGCCAGUUUACCUACUUUUCACUUCUGAAAUAUACCUCCACCUUCGCCUCAAGCGCUCAGACAUUUAUGAUCAGCAAGUAAAGCUUCUUUCAAGAAAGACUCCUUGGCGUAGAGAUACAAAUAUGUAACACAUACAUAUCACAGGGGAGAAGCUGGACACGCGUGAUGUCAAAUUAAAAGCACAUGAAUGUCAGGUUGGACAUAGACAGACCAAAGUAGUCUUUGUAUCACAGCAAUAAUAAUCCCUCCAGGCCCAGGAAGCAUCCAACUGAGAGGAACUAAGAGACUGCCGUGCUUUAUUAUUGUAAAGCUUUUUUGCUACAACGACUUGGUGACAGGACUAAGGUGCAAGAUUAGAAUAUCAACUACGCACCAAUAGAGCCUGCCUAGUGGAAUCCAUGUUGGCGAACUUCCACCCUCCUUCCUUCUAGAUGAGGAUACAUCCCGUAGUGUUCUGUUCACCCUAAGACGGAGUCCAUCUUUUUGACUUGACGUGUGGGAGGAGUUUAUCUGGAGAAUACCCAUCCUUGCCAUGAAACGUGGGUGUGCACAAACUUUGAACUCGCUGUAGUCUAAGAUGUCAAAAGCUGAAGACUGCAUUUUAGACAAGAGGUUAAAAAAAAGCAUCUGACACCUGAGCACAGUGAGAGCCUAUGUGUAAAUGUACUAGAAGUGGGAAAAAGUAUUGUUCUUCUAUUUUCUUACGCCACAGACAAGAUAACUGCAAUAUGCCUUUGUUUGUAUGAAUACAGUAAAAAUAGCCUUUGCUUUGUAGGCCAAAAUAGUAUUAUGUUUGAAUCUACUGUAUUAUAAUGACUUGAGUGCGGCCAAAAUGACACCUUAUUCCCUACAUAAUGCACUACUUUUGACCAGAGCCCUAUGAGCCCUGGGCAAAAGUAGUGCACUAGAUAGGGAAUAGGAUGCAAUUUCAUGCUGUACAUAAGUGUUUCUUUCAUGCCAUGUUCCUGGGAACAUCUUACUGUAUUUCACAGGUUUGUACACAUAUACUUGUAAUUCAGUGGAGGCUGGUGGGAGGAGCUAUAGGAGGAUGGGUUCAUUGUAAUGGCUGGAAUGGUAUAGAUGGAACGGAGUCAAACAUGUGGUUUCCAUAUGUGCAAUGUGUUUCAUACCGUUCCAUCAUUCCUUUUCAGCCAUUACAAUGAGCCAGUCCUCCUAUAGCUCCUCCCAUCAGCCUCCACUGCUGUAAUUGUAUUUUAUGCACAGGCUUCCAUGUAUGAAACGUUGGACUCACACACACAUUCUUCUUUAGGAGAGCAGUGGUAUCAUUCCGUGGUUUUUAACUCUUUUCCUUUGUAUAAUACUGUAACGCUAUCUCUAAGUGAAUGUAUUACCUACAUGCACUGAGUGUACAAAACAUUAUGAACACCUGCUCUUUCCAUGACAGACUGACAAGGUAAAUCCAGGUGAAAGCUGUGAUCCCUUAUUGAUGUCACUUGUUAAUCCACUUCAAUUAGUGUAGAUGAAGGGGAGGAGACAGGUUAAAUAAGUAUUUUUAAGCCUUGAGACAAUUGAGACAUGGAUUGUGUUUAUGUGCCAUUCAGAGGGUGAAUGGGCAAGACAAAAUAUUUAAGUGCCUUUAAACUGGGUAUGGUAGUAGGUGCCAAUGCGUACUGGUUUGUGUUAAGAACGGCAAUGCGGCUGGGUUUUUCACGCUCAACAGUUUUCAAUGUAAGUAGUCCGGGUGGCCAUUUAAUUAACUGUUCAGAAGUCUUAUGGAUUGGGGGUAGAAGCUGUUAAAGAGCCUUUUCGUCCUAGACUUGGCGUUCUGGUACCGCUUGCCGUGCGGUAGCAGAGAGAACAGUCUAUGACUUGGGUGACUGGAGUCUUUGACCAUUUUUGGGCCUUCCAAUGACACCGCCUAGGUACUGGAUGUCAGGAAGUUUGGCCACGGUAAUGUACUGGACCGUACGCACUACCCUCUGUAGCGCCUUACGGUCAGAUGACAAGCAGUUGCCAUACCAGUUGGUGAUGCAACCGGUCAGGAUGCAACCGGUCACUUUUCGAGGAUCUGGGGACC